CCCCCAACCUCUUCCCCGCGCCGCGCGUGCCAGUGCGCCACUGCCACUGUGCCCGCGGCCGGCAGCUCCCUCCCUCCCCUGGGCGGCUGGGCAGCUGCUUGCUGCCACCUGCUCCGCCUCGCUCCCAAAUAAAGCGGGGUGGGGACGCGCCGAGCUGGAUGGCCGCCCACUCGCUCCGGCUCUGGCUCUCCCUCCCCACCACGCGCCCGCGCGCGCCCCUCGCACUCCGCCGCCUGCCCCUCCUCCCGCGCCGCCUCCAGGCGGUGCCAGGCCUCGCCGCCGCCCCGGUCCGGGCCCACCGAGGCCUCUCCUCAUCCUCCUCCUCCCGGCCGCGGCCCCUCCGCCUCGCCGGCUGCCCGCCCCGCGCCGCGCUCCACGGCACCGGAGGUGCAAGGGGAGGACGGCUAGGCGAGCUCAGCCGCAGAGCCAUGUCAGGUUCGACGAGUUCAACAGUGGCCGCGGAGCUGGCUGUGGCUGAGAGGAAUGUCGAGCAAUUGCCUUUUGUGAAUGACAAGCACGGAGGUGUUAUUAUUGAGAUGGUGACGCCGAUGGAUCCUGGAGUGUUUUCGGCUUCACUGAAAGCAGCAUUGGCAAAAUGGAGGGAGCAGGGAAUAAGAGGUGUCUGGAUCAAAUUGCCUAUUACCCUUUCCAACCUUAUUACACCAGCUGUGGAGGAAGGUUUCUGGUACCAUCAUGCAGAGGAAACAUACUUGAUGCUUGCGUACUGGCUUCCAAAUACAACACAUACGCUACCAGUAAAUGCAACCCACCGUGUGGGUGUUGGAGCUUUUAUAAUGAAUGACAAAAGAGAGGUCUUGGCUGUACAAGAAAAGAGUGGUGUACUUCGAGGCCUUGGUGUAUGGAAAUUUCCGACUGGCGUAGUUGAACCAGGGGAAGAUAUAAAUGCUGGUGCUGUAAGAGAAGUAAAAGAAGAGACAGGGAUUGAUGCAGAAUUUGUUGAAGUGCUUGCCUUCAGGCAGAGCCACAAAGCCUUUUUUGAUAAAUCGGAUCUAUUUUUUGUAUGCCUGCUACGACCACUUUCAUAUGAGAUUACUAAGCAAGACUCAGAAAUAGAGGCAUGCCAGUGGGUGCCCGUGGAGGAAUUUGCAGCGCAGCCAUUUGUCCAGAAACACGAAUUCGUGAAGUACAUCCUCAAAGUCGGUUUAGCUAAAGUGGACAAGGAAUAUGCCGGGUUUUUGCCGAUCUCCGUAAAAUCGGCAUUCACAGAUAAACUGUCCUCCUUUUACAUGAACCGGAGGGACCUCGACAGGGCUUCAGGAUCAAGCAGUCAGUAAUACACACGAAUUCAAGAUAGUUGAAAACUUGAAAUUUCACUUUGGUCUGUGAAAAGGGUCUGAAACUUUGAAUCGUUCAUACUUGAUUGUUUUGUUCACCAAUUGGUAGGGGCCUUCGGCACAUGACUUUGAGCGUAUGUUGCCUGCCGCUUGUGUCUGUAAUUCAAAGGAGAUAUAGCAGUCCAAAAGUACAGCUGAAACUGGUGUGCUUAUGGAUUUGUCUUUGUAUAGGUAUACAUACAGACAAUAAAAAAAUGCUGGUUGGGGUUGGCAGGAGACUUUUGCUUGGUCUUUGCGCUAAACCCUGAAUUUUUGUUUUUA